AUGCAUGCAAAGGAUCUUGAAGCUGUCCAAGUGGCAGAAUAUAUCGACGUCUACCAGAGAAAACGAUCCGACUUGCGUGAGACCUAUGAGAAAGCGGAGGUGCAGAUCACAGAGUUCAACGAAAAGAAAGAGAAAUUAGAACGGAAGAGAGAGCGGCUGGAGGAAAGAUUCGAGGUGGAGAGAGACCGCGCUGCAAAACCAUCACGUAAGGAGAGGAAGGCCAAAUUGAAACAGAAGGAAUUGAAGGAGAAGAAAAAGCGAGAAGCCCGAGCUGAUAUCUCGAGCUUCUGGAAUAUCUAUACCGGCCGUGUUACUGUUCAUAUUGAAGGGCAUGGCGACGGGACUCUGCCUCAGGACAGAAGAGACUCAGCCUCCUCCGUCAAGAAGCCUGAUAUCAACGACGACAUAACUCUAUCGUUAACAUACGUUACUUCGGCUGCUCGAUGGACUCCACGAUAUGACCUGAUGCUAAACACGCCAACCUCAUCUGGGAGCUUGGUCUAUCGGGCUGAAUACUACAACAGGAGUUGUGAGACAUGGAAAGAUACCAACGUUAUUCUCUCCACAUCUCAGACGACCUUCUCAGGAGUCGAUGAGCAUAUCCCUAUUCUGUUGCCAUGGAAUGUGGCGCUCAGGAAACAUGAGGUAAUGGAGGUAGAGGUCGCAACCGACACAAUACCCUCUAAGAAGAUGAGCAACUGGACCGGAGCGCUGAGAGCCAGUGCAGAAGGCGUAGAAGCAAAACAAUAUAGAAAGUCAAAGUCUAUGAAUGAAAAUGCGCCGGUACGCUAUUCUCCUCCCUGGCCCACGAACUCUUCCACACAACCGUUGCCCGCGGCACCUCCAUCCGUGGCACGCGGGCUAUUCGGUUCUGCGGCACCUUUUGGAGCCAACGAAACUGAACGACAAUCACUGACAGUACACCAGGUGCAAGGACAGCAGAUGAUGCAACAAGUUCACGCACAGAGUGCGCCGCGUUAUCAGCUUUUCGGUGGUUCAGCCAACAACGACCAACGCACCUCUGCUUUUGGUUUUGGGAAUGCGGCACCGUCCCAUCCUGAUGGAGCUAAUAAUGACGAAGAUGAAGAUUUUGACGACGAUGAUGAUCAGAUAGAUGAUGAUGCAUCAACCAUCCAGGGAUCAGCCAAUGUUCUCGCAUUCAGGCAGUCGUCUCGUCAUGACUAUGGACUUACCACCACAUAUAACGUGCCUGGCUCACGUACCCUGCAGCCAUCCUCUCACGUCAGACGGCAUAUAAUUGCGGAAAUUGAGCUCUCCUCCAUGACUUUUUCGCAUGUGAUUAUUCCAAAGUUGAAGCCAGCGGCUUUCCUAAAGGCGAGAGUGACCAAUACGUCGACCACCCCUCUCCUUCGAGGGAAGGCUGGUCUAACUGUCGACGAUGCUUUCUUGGGCAAGGCUACCAUUCCAAACUGCAACCCUGGAGUCCCAUUCAACCUCAACCUUGGAGUUGACCCGGCUAUCCAAGUGAUAUACUCCAAGCCCAAAGUCAGACGCGCAACCACGGGCUACUUCAACAAAGAAGACUGCGCCAUUUUCACACGUGUCUGCCGAAUCAACAACACCAAAUCUUCGCCGGUAUCCUUGGUCGUCCUCGAUCAAAUCCCCGUCAGCGAGGAUGAGCGGAUCCGAGUCCGCUUGAUUGAGCCAAAGGGGCUUGACAAGGGAGAUUCUGCAAAGAUCGGAGCUGAUGUUUCCAUUGACCCCAAGAGGGCUAAGGACUGGGGUAAAGGCACCGUCCACAUUAACAAAGACGGCGAGAUUAAGUGGGUGAUCACUCUGCAAAAGACGGUCGAUAUCAGACUCAUCCUUGAGUAUGAGGCAAAGAUCCCAAGCGGCCUGGAAGUCGUCGGCCUUUAG